CACAGUUUUAGUGGCUUUGUAAACAAAAUGGUAAUAAUUAAUGAAACAGCUGUUUGUUAAUCUUUUAUCCCCAUUGAUAAAAACUGCCAGAAUGAGCUCCAUUAAUUUUGAAAUACGUUUAAAUAAAGAAAAUAAAAUAUAUUACGAAGGUGAGCUAUUAAAGGGCUGCGUACAUUUCAACUGCCCAGCGGAAUCCAAACAUGAUGGCAUACAAUUAACUCUAGAAGGUGUUGUAAAUCUACAACUAAGUACAAAAAAUGUUGGCGUCUUCGAUGCAUUCUACAACUCCGUGAAACCGAUAACACUUUUCAACACAACACUUGAAUUAGCAGCGCCAGGGAAAUUACCUGCCGGCAGUUCGGAAUUCCAUUUUGAGCUGCCUUUAAUUUGUAAUAAAGAACCGCGUGUACUUUAUGAAACAUAUCAUGGUGUAUUUAUCAAUAUUAAUUAUCAAUUACGUUGUGAUGUAAAACGCAGCUUUCUCGCAAAAUCAUUACAAAAAACACAGCAGUUCUGUAUACAAAAUAAACCCACACUAGUGGAUAUCAAAACGCUAACUUCAACGGAAGUUAAUUUCAGUAUUAGUCCAGAAACGUUGCAAAAGUCUGCGAAAGAGCGUAUAAAUAUACCGCGAUUUCUUAUAACGGGCAAAUUAGAUCAAACGGAAUGCUGUGUUACUCGCCCAUUAACGGGACAAAUAACAGUACAGCAUACAGAAGUGGCAAUUAAGUCAAUUGAAUUGCAAUUAUUGCGUGUAGAAACAUGCGGCUGCACGGAGGGUUAUUCUAAAGAUGCAACCGAAAUACAGACUAUACAAAUUGCUGAUGGAAACAUUUGCCCGAAGCUGGAAAUACCUAUAUACAUGAUUUUACCACGUCUAUUCACUUGUCCGACACUAAUAACAAAGAAUUUUAAAAUUGAGUUCGAGUUAAAUUUGUUGGUUAUUUUCAAAGAUGAUUACGUUGUUACUGAAAAUUUUCAAAUCAUCUUGAAACGUACAGUUUCACAAAGUGAUAAUAAACUGUAAGGCAAUAAUAAUAAUAUAAAAAAUAUUGCGUUUUCCAGCAUUCCUAACGAAAAUAAUAUCAAUUUGGAAACAUAAGCAAACAUAAGCACAUAUAAAAAAAUGUACGUGUAAGAAUAGAAUAUAGCAAGUUUAAGCGAAUCGGUGCAAUGUCUAUAAAGCAAUCUUAUGUUAUAUGCAAUAAAAGUUUCGACGUAAAUUUACAUAAA